AUGUUAAUUAGCGGUCCAGGGAAUGGCCAAGAACCUGGCCGCAAAAGGUUCCCUGAGUUCCCCCUCCCCCCUUGGAUCGUCUACAAUCGCACUGCCAGCAGGGCCCACGAGUUUCAGGCCAAGAACCCUGGAACAGUGGUAGCCGAGUCGGUGCAAGAAGCUGUCUCCAAGUCGGAUAUCAUUUUCACCUGCGUGGGUGACGAUGCUGCCAUCAAGGGUCUUGUCAAGCUCAGCAUCAGCUCUGGGGAUAUCAAGAAUAAGAUUUUCGCGGACUGCUCCACCGUCCACCCAGAUACUACCACAUCCAUUGCUGCCCAAAUAUAG